GAGAAUGACAAACUGAACUAUCAUGUUUAAAACAAAUUUCCAAAGCGUAUCUAAGUUUUUAUGCAUGUGCAAAGAAAUGCUGAAGGUAUUUUUUUCCGUAGAAGAUUGUGAACAAGAUUGAUCAAAGUCAUGGAAUCAAGCAAUGCAGAAUUGAACCCGACUUCCCAUGUCAAAGAGCAGCAUCAACAAUUCACAAUAUACUGCCCGUCUUACAGUAACAAUGUGGGGAAACCCUCAGGGGUGUUGACAGAGAGCCGUAGCCAUUACCAGCCUAUAAAGAUCAGAAAAAGCACAGUUAGAAAAGUGGAACAGGACAAUACAGUUUCUAUUACUGAAGUCAAACCACUACCUGAGAAUUGCCUUGAAGAUUAUUGUGAAAAAUCAGACUACUGCUUAUCACAAGAAUGUGUUCAAGCUAAUGAAACUACAGAUGAAAAUAUGUCCUCAUUCGAUCAAGUCAUCAUCAACACCAUGAGAGAACACAAGAUCAAGGGGGGAUCUGUGAUCAUUGGUCAGCAUGGUAGAAUUCUGUACAGGCAAGGUUAUGGUGAGGCAGCACCUGGAGUUUAUGCUACGUCUUCAUCAAAGUUCAGGAUUGGUGACAUUUCUAAAGUCAUUACUGCUAUGGCUGUUUUAAAGCUAGUGGACCUGGGAUACCUAGAACUUUCAGAUGAAGUUUUUGGAGAUGAAACCAAAGGUAAUUAUACAAACUUUUGCUUGAAACUUCAUAAACAUUUUAAAAUCAAUCCUUUAGUUUACCAUAAAAAUUCAAUUUAUAUGGUAUUUUAUAACACAAAACAUCGUAAUAUGUAG